CAAAUUUUUUUUCUUUUCUCUCUCUCUCUUUGUCUCCCUGCAACUCUUGCGUUCCGGCAACAAACUGUUGCAAUGUCAGCAAGCGUUUUUAAGAAUUUUCUACGUGAUUUUUUUGCGGUCAAGUACGAUGAGCAGCGGGCUGAUCCGGAGGCAACACGUCUGGAUGGCAGUGCUGGCUAUUAUCCCAAUUGUGCCUCGGAUGUUUGGCUGCGCUCCUGUGAGCGUGAGAUUGUUGACCCCAUUGAGGGUCACUUGAGUGGACAUAUACCCACCUGGUUGAAUGGGAGUCUCUUGCGCAAUGGUCCUGGCAGCUGGAAAGUGGGCGACAUGAGCUUCAAUCAUCUGUUCGACUGUUCCGCUUUGCUGCAUCGCUUUGCCAUUAAGAAUGGUCGGGUCACCUACCAGAAUCGCUUUGUGGACACGCAGACGCUGCAAAAGAAUCGCUCGGCUCAACGGAUUGUGGUCACCGAAUUUGGCACAGCUGCCGUGCCGGAUCCAUGUCACUCGAUCUUUGACAAGUUUGGUGCAAUCUUUAAGCCGGACAGUGGCAGCGAUAACUCCAUGAUAUCUAUUUAUCCGUUCGGUGAUCAAUAUUACACAUUUACCGAAACGCCUUUUAUGCACAGGAUUAAUCCGUGCACUUUAGCCACUGAGGGCCGUAUUUGCACCACGGACUUUGUGGGCGUUAUUAAUCACACAUCGCAUCCGCAUGUGGUGGCCAGCGGCACAGUCUACAAUUUGGGCACGACUAUCACAAAAUCUGGGCCGGCCUACACUAUUAUUUGCUUUCCCAACGGCCAGCACAUGUUCGAGGAUGCACAUGUGGUUGCCACACUGCCCUGUCGCUGGAAGCUGCAUCCUGGCUAUAUGCACACGUUUGGACUGACAGACAAUUAUUUUGUGAUUGUGGAGCAACCGUUGUCAGUGUCCUUGACGGACUACGUCCGAUCGCAGUUGAACAAUCAGAAUUUAUCUGCCUGCCUAAAAUGGUACGAGGACAAACCCACACUAUUCCAUCUCAUUGAGCGGGGAAGUGGAAAACUGGUACAGACCUACGAAUCGGAAGCCUUUUUCUAUCUGCACAUUAUCAAUGCUUACGAGCAGGAUGGCCAUGUUGUGGUUGAUAUAUGCAGCUACAAGAAUCCCGAGAUGAUCAAUUGCAUGUAUAUGGAGGCCAUAGCGAAUAUGCAAACGAAUCCCAACUAUGCCAUGCUCUUUCGCGGUCGUCCUUUGCGUUUUGUCCUGCCACUCGGUGCAGGGGUCGUGGCUCUCAGCAAGCGUCGCCUGGUAAAAUCCUUGUCCCUGGUGGGUCUUACCGCACCCCCAUCCUCCCGCCUCAAGCACUCUGCCUCGCAAUACACAGACAUCACCUAUAUGGCCACAAAUGGCAGGCAGGAGAGUCCACAGCAUGGCCGCCAUGAUGAGGAUGCUGGUGUUAAUCUGAUCACUCUGGGCCACACUAAGGCCGAAGCAUAUCAGAGUGCCAAUGGGAUACUGUUGCGACCCGAAAUGCUCUGCGAUUGGGGAUGUGAGACGCCAAGGAUAUACUAUGAGCGUUAUAUGGGAAAAAAAUAUCGCUACUUUUAUGCCAUCAGCUCCGAUGUGGAUGCACAUAAUCCGGGAACGCUCAUCAAAGUGGAUGUUGAGACUAAGACGUGCAAGACCUGGUGCGAGGAUAACAUCUAUCCAAGUGAACCAAUCUUUGUGCCUUCACCACAGCCACAAAGUGAAGAUGAUGGCGUCAUAUUAGCCUCCAUGGUGGUUGGAGGACUCAACGAUCGUUAUGUGGGCUUGAUUGUACUCUGUGCCAAGAGCAUGACGGAGCUGGGUAGAUGUGACUUCCAUACGAAUGGACCUGUGCCCAAGUGUCUGCAUGGCUGGUUUGCGCCGCAUACUGUUUAGGAUUACAUAUGGAAAACUAGCUGUUAGCUUUUAGUUUACUCUCUUUGUAUUAGCUUAAACUCUAGUUGUAGUUAAAUCUUAUUUUCUAUUUGAACUUGGGAUUUAAGAUGUUUGCAAUAAACUCUUGCCACUUUCGCUGGAACACUCGA